AUGGCUUCCUACGCCGCUGCGCUGCAGAAUCUUGCUUCAGCUCUUGGAGGGCGCGAUCAAACUGCGCCAAACUCCCCCUAUGUCCUGGGCGACGAUGGACUCGGCUGCUUGCGCGACUUGAAACGCUGGCUCAAGUUUUACGAUGACUCUCGCGAUCUCUGGGACAUCAAAGCUGCCCUUGCGUCCAUGAACAUAGUCUCCAAUGACUUGUGUCCAAUCUUAGCGGGCUGGUCUCUCUCGGAUGCUGAAGAUGAAGUGCAAAGGCGAAUUUGCCAGGCGUGCGUGGAGAUUCUUGUUCCGUUGACAUGGCCACUGGAGCUCGACGAACAAUCGAGCCAGACGAAGCAUGAGCAAUUUCCGAAUCUGAAGCUUGCGCAAACGAGCUACAAGCGCGCUAUCUUAUUCAACGCUGACUGCGACAUUCUUGGCAGCAUCAUGCGCGUCGCAUUCCCUUCUUUGGCAUUAGUUCGGUCCUCCAGGAGCGACAAGGAUACUGGCAUCAUCCGUCUUGUCUUGUAUUUACUGCGAAAUUUGGCAGCUAUCGAUGAGAAAAUCAAUAGAUCUGACACCAUCUUGGCCUUCCAGCGCGGUUAUGCUUUCGACUUCAUCAACGUCCUCGCCUCUGGCAUGGGUUCCGACUUCAAUGACGAAGAUGUCAUCGUUAUGGACUUGAUGUAUCGUCUUCUUCGAGGUGUAUCGCCGAUGGCUGUUUACGCACAUGGUCCUACCGUGGCCUUGUCUAGCGCCAUCAAGUCUGAUCUCACCACCCUUCUAGACAGUGAGAAGGAUAUGCGACGCAACAGUCGAGUCAAGGCGCACACUCGGCAUAAUAGGUUUGGCACGAUGGUCUCUGUGGUCAAAGACUCGCGCCGCUUCACCGUGGCAAGUCAGACAGGUCUCGUGGAAAGCGAGCAGUUUGGCAAUUUCCAAGGAAUUGAAGCAAGCAAGCGAUGGAACAAACCUCAGAGGAAGAUCAAGUCUGAGGACGAUCUCGAGCUCAGCAUCUCCAUAAACGUUGAGUCUCGUGUCACUUUGGCAGCUUUUGCCACCGCUUUCCUCGAAGCCGGCUUCAAUCCUUUGUUCUCAACGAUGCUCAAGGGGCUUGAGAAUGAACACUUUCGCAUUGCUCCUGAGAAUCGCAUUCAAUUCUUCUACCUGCAAGCUUGGUUCUUACAAGCCUUGCGAGCCCAAUCGUCUUGCCGACCCGUCUCCAAAGACAAUGAGGACUUCGCCGACGACGCUGAUUAUACUCUGAUAGCAUCUAUGCUCGAGGCGCGUGCUCAUAUAAUAUUGCGAAAGAUGAUUCGUGAAGCGUUGGACCUCAAGGUCUACAAAGAAGCUCAAGCCGCCUUUGACUGUUUCAAGCAGCUUCUUAUGACUGUCAAUGCCAUGUCAUUGUCAUCGGAUACUAGCUUUCAGGAAAUUGCUGACAACCUACUGGCAAAUCUCUUUUACGAGGAGUCGAGCUUGGAACAGAUUGUGCUCGCUGUCAAGGGCUAUACCAAUCAGUCUCUUGGCUAUCUCAAUACAAUUACCGAUUUGGCAUCUGUUGUACUCAAGAUGCUUGAAAAAUACUGCUCAACAAAGACACACGUCUACGUCAGGGCAAGACGGCAACGCCAAAAAAGGGGCAAGACAGCAUCAGCCAAUGCACAAGAAGACUCAUCGGAUGAGGAGAGUGCUCGCGCAGUAGUAACGGAGCGGGCGUUCAACUUUGCCAAGUUUGAGGCCAAGUUCACAAACGAUCAUGCCAUUGACACAUUCAUGGCGCUCUUGGAAUAUUAUGCCGACCUGAGUGGAGAUCAAUUAAAACGUUGCGUUGGUUUCUUGCAUCGUGUCUUCGUCAAGCAACAACAGGAGCUUCUCCUGUACAGGUUAGAUCUCGUCGAACUAUUACACCGCAUCCUCCAAGACAAGACUGCCAUCUCUUCGAACAGCGCCAGGGGCGAAUUGCAAGCGUUCUGCGACUACUACAUGAAACGUUUUGCAAAGCAGCUCAUGGAGGCCCCUGCACUAGGUUGGGAGGUUCUCUUCAACAAGCUCGGUCAGAACCCAUACUAUCUGACACACAACAUGGAUCGACCUCCUCCAGAGAAGAAGGCGACACGGACACCAGCUGAGCUCGAGUUGAAGGCAUCGACAUCAAGAUCUGAGGGCAUUCGCGCAGCUGUUGCCAUCUUGAUGCAAGAGGACGAAGCAUUUGUCAAAUGGGUGCAUCAAGAGCUGACCAACAUCUUGUCUGAGCGCGACGCGUGGACUGCACGUCAUCAGGUGCUGCAUGCUAAAUCCGAAGAGGCGCCCGCAGUGGUCUACGCUGCUGCAGUUUUGCAUGGUGAGGCCGAGAUUGGAGAGGUGAUGCACAAGAAUAAUAAGGCGAGACUAUUGCUGCGACUCCUUGACUGCGAAGCGGAUCAAGACGACCGCUCGAGCUUCAUGAUGGCUGCAGAUACAGAUCUUGAUGGGCUCAGACGGAAUGUAGGGUUGCUGCAGGGCUAUCUGCGCAGUCCACCUAGCAUUGAGAUGGAUGAGACUGUCAUGACCUUCUUUCGGCGUAAAGCAAAGGCGUCCAGCUACCACACGGAUGGCUCUUCACCAAGCGAUGAUGACGCUGCUUCUGAUGCAGAGAGAAACGUCAAAGUUCCGAAGAAGAGAGCUGCACCCAGGCGGCGCCGAGCCCGGCGCUCUUCGGAGCAGGACGAUGAUGCGGGUAGUGGCGACGAUGCGCAGGAGCGUCUUGUCAAGCGUAAAGCUGCUGAGCAAAGUCGUAAUGCUCAGAUCAAGUCUGCGAAGUAUAUCGAAGACUCGGACGCGGAAGACGAAGCGGAGAUGGCAGCAUUCUUUGCACGGGAAGAGGCGCAGCGGCAGCAACGCCAGCAACGCCAGCAAAUGCAGCUCGAAUCAACCUCGCAGCAGGAGGCCAGUCAGACAAUCCCUCGGAGGAUGCCAAAGGGCAAGGUUGCUAUGGAGGAAGCCGGGGAUGCGUCAGACAAGGAAAACUUUCUGGCUGAGCAAAAGCUGUUUCUCAGCUCGGAUGUGUCGGAUGAUGAUGGAGCAAUGGGCGAGGGCGCAAGGCUCAUGGCGAGCAAGCGUGCAGCAAACUCAGACAAUCUUGGGGCAGGCAAGGCAAAGAAGCAGAGGCUGGCUGUGCUUGCAGAGAGCGACGGGGAGUAA